AAGAGAAAUCUGAUGAUUGUGGUGAAUGAUCGACAUUCGAGUCAGAAACUCUUGACACAAGAAAGGCGCGGAAUCUGCUUUCCACCAUAAGCGAGCGUCGAGGGCUCGAUCGGCUCGGAAAGAAUAUAACUGUAUGGCUCACGAGCACAAGGACAAGAUCCGCCACGUUGUGUGGCCACGACUCCGCGAGGUCGCCAUACCUGAUUCACGGUUCCAUUACGACUUCUCCAGCUUCAUUGCUGACUUCGAAGGCUCCGACCAGGCGACAGAACGACUAUGUUCGCUCCCAUCUUACAAGAAUGCUCAAGUCGUCUUCAUUACACCGGACAAUUGCCUGGAACAGCUUCGAUUUCGAGCUCUUUGUGAUGGCAAAAAAGUUCUCGUCACGACGUAUGGUAUUUGUCGAGGGUUCUGGCUACUGGAUCCCGAGGUGAUCAGAACAACCCAGCAGAGGCAAUUAGCCAGUUUGCUGGAUGCGAUGGAGAGACCUGGCUUGGGCCGACAUAUCACUCUCUAUGACCUGCAGUCUUCGGGCUUGAAAGUUCAGCUCAUGGUCACAGGAACUGGAGCUAUCAAUCACGCUGGGAUCCGGUUUGGUAAGGGACAUGGGUUCUUCGACCUCGAGUGGGCGAUGUUGACAAGCAUCAAUACGGUCGCUCUUUCUGUCCCUUGCAUUGCCCUCGUUCAUGAUUGUCAGCUUCUAGACGAGGAGUUGCAUCCCGAGGAAUUUGACACGGUUUGUGACUUUAUCGUCACGCCGACCAAUGUCUAUGAAGCUGGUCAACAAGGAACCGUGCACAAACCCUCUUGUGGUAUCUUAUGGGACAAGUUGCAGGCGGGAAUGCUCGAAGACAUCCCUCCGUUACGGGAAUUACAAAUCCUUCAAGGGCGAAAGUAACGCUGUCGAACUCAACGUACAAGAACAUAUCGUUCUGGUGGGAG